AUGUCUAAAGUCAUGUUCAAGACACUUCAACAACAUGGAUCCCAAAGUACAUUUAAUUUCUUUACUUUCAAUAAUCUAUGGGUCUAUAUUUUGAGCUUUUGCUUUGGUUUCUCAAUGUUUUUCUUUGCUGGCUAUCAUUUUAAACUUAUAAUUUGCAAUACCACUACCAUUGAAUCUUUAGAUAAGGAGAGAAGAUUAUAUGAACAACAUCACUGUGAGGCUCCCUAUGAUAUUGGUGUAUUGAGAAAUAUUAAAUCAAUACUGGGAGAUAAUCCAAUUUUAUGGCUUUCCCCUUUCCACAUUGAUUAUGAGGGAGAUGGAUGCCAUUAUCCAUUGAAAUCAUCCAACAACUAUGAGGUUGUUGCUUCAGUUGAUAAUUAA